AUGGCGUCGGCAUGUGUAAAUAACAACAUCGGAAUGUCGCCGGAAAAUUUCAUUGAUUGUCCUCCGGCGAAGUUCCCGUCGUACGGCUGGCUGAGCCCCAGGAUAUCGUUCGGUUGCGAGUUUUCCGACGAGGAGGCGUCCAGAGGCUCCGCGAGCAAUCUCUGCUCGAAGAGUCAAACAACCGCGGGCAAAGCGGGCGGGGAGAAGCCGGAGGUACCAGAUCUAGAGACUUCCGACAUCGAUCUAGUGGAUUUUGAGUUCCCGCUCGAAGAUCCGGUGGCUAUGCUCCCCGCCGACGAGCUUUUCACCAACGGGAAACUCGUGCCGCUGCAGCUCUCCGCGAUCCGGCACGCUGCUGCGCCGGCUCCGGCCUCUUCCUGCGUCAGAUCCCCGGAUACGCCCAAAUCUCGCCAUAGAAGCGAGGCGUCCCCCGUGGAUCCGUACAUGUUCUCCCCCAAGGCGCCGAGAUGCUCGAGCCGCUGGAAGGAGCUUCUCGGCCUGAAGAAGCUGUACCAGAACAGCAGCGCCAAGGAGGCGGAUCACAGAACGGCGUCGUCCUCGUCCCUAUCCUCCCACGGCCAGAACAGAACUGCUGCCAGAGGAUUAAAGCACCUGCUCCAGCGGAGUUCAAAAUCCUCACUCAAUGCAUCCUCUGAUUCGUCUCUGAGCCUGCCGCUGUUGAAGGACUCGGAUAACGAGUCAGUAUCGAUAUCUGCCCGGCUAUCUCUCUCAUCCUCCUCGUCGGGACCCGAGCACGACGAUCUUCCCCGACUGUCUCUAGACUCCGACAAGCCGAGCAAUCUCUCUAGGGUGCGAAUCAUCAAGCAUCGGGCGGCGUUUUCGUUGGAGAACCCGACGGCGCGUGCUCGGGUCGGCCGGAGUCCGGUCAGAAGGGCUACAGCGCCGGUUCGCGGCGUGUCGAUGGACAGUCCCCGGAUGAACUCAUCCGGAAAAAUUGUGUUCCACAGUCUGGAGAGGAGCUCGAGCAGCCCGAGCAGUUUCACCAGUGGGCCCAGGUACAAACACCGUGGGAUGGAGAGGUCCUACUCGGCCAACGUCCGGGUCACGCCGGUUCUAAAUGUCCCGGUUUAUUCGCUUCGAGGUACGUCCAAAUCUGGAGUGUUUGGUUUGUUCUCUUCACAACAGAAGAAAGAAAAUAAAGGUGGUCCUGGUGGUGCUGUGAACAGAAAGUCAGCACGGUCACUGCAGGAACCGCACUGA